CAUGAUAUCUAGGCCGAUUGCUACCCUAUACGAAGUGGUGUGCCUAAUGGGCAAAACGUUAUCGUAUUCUUGUUAAUGUACUGCGCCUUGUUCGGCUGCUCGGAUGGCGGAAACAAUCGUAUGAAUGCAAUACGACCACACACACUUGGGAUGAUUUCCAGGUGCUGAAACGUGUGCGUGUACCUGCAGGUACAGUUUGUACCUUGCAUUUUUGCGAUAGGUUCACCACCAUCUCUUGACGUUAGUGAUAGUCACGAUCACCAUCGCCUCCGACCGCCAUUCAGCGACGAGCAGAUACCUUCAAUGACAUUCAUGUAAAUAUCAAAUUGUCAUUGGCCACAACCCCUCCUCUAUAACCCCCUGGUGUUUGAACGGCUUGCCUCUAUCUUGAUUUCGGUCCUUCCCCAUUGAUCAUCAAUAUCAUCAUCAUCGACCCGAUGUACGGCCACAUUCGCCUUUCUCGACAUCAUCUUAUCACGAUUAUAACUCAUAUGUUCGUGACGAUCUCCUGACGAUCACCAACUAAUGAAGAAAUGUCUCGGUUGAAUUUGAGGUCAAUCGAUAGAGCCUGAUCCUCCAAUUGACACUCAGGACGAUCAGUCCAACGCGGGGACCGGUGUGGCGCUCUGGCCCCUGCAGAGCUGCGCUACCUUUACAAUCGUGAGCUAAAGCAGCACCAUUUGAAGCUUUAUUCAUUGACUACGCGUCUUCCCGCUCGAUAGCUGCCUCUCUGGCGUGUCUCUUAGCAGCUUUAGCUAACCUUAGCCUUGGCCUUGUGCUGUGAUAUCUUGGCCUCGUCAGCCAAUGUGAUGAUACCUCAGCCACUCAUUGGGAUGCUAGGCUGUGAGGAGACGAGGCUCGAGCGUCGAGUCCCCUCGAUCGACGAUGAGAUGAACUGUCAAUUGAGGGGAUCACGCAGUGCGAUUAAGACGGGACAAUUUGAAACCCAUGAUAGUAAUUAGAAAUACAAGUACAUGGCAAGGUAAGUACUGCGAUACUGACGAUGGCCAGGCUAAGCCUUGUUUAACGGAUCAAGCUUAGACUUGGAAAUUGUGAGAUGCAGGGGCAUUGUGUCAACGUGACCCGAUGCAAGGGAUGAUUUGAAGCAAUUGACUGAUGGCAGACCGCCAAAUGAAGAUAUUCUGUGCCUUGGUACCGCCUUGUAUCGAUUGUCUGUCCAAAUGCGUGUUGCGGUAGGGUACAGAUUGCACCUACUAGUGCUUGCAGUGCGUGAUAUAUGCACCUCACAAAACUGACUUACAUAUGCAAGUCUCAUAGCUGCAAGCCUUGUAGUUUCGAGUCUCUUGUUCGAUGUUGUCAAUUUUGAGGCAUCUCCUUCUCGCAUUGUCCACCCGUUUCAAGCCUGUGAAACAUCUCACCCUCCAAUAACCUAGAAUCAAGAUCGAACUUCCAUAGACUCAUCGAUGCUUUGUCAGUCUGACGUUAGAUGUCCUCACUUCAGUCUCGAUCUCUAUCUGACAACUUGUCUCUGAUAUCCCUUUGACCAUUCGACUGGGUCAAACAGUGACGUUACGGCUCGUCCCUGCAGCCUCAAACCUGCUAAUUCCCGGACCCUCCGAUCGAAACAAUUGGGGAGCCGGGCGGAUUUCACUCAACGCGAUACGGAACUAGAGACAGAUAACGCGAUCUCAUUCCCAAACGCCAAAACGCCUUUGAUGCCAUUUACAUAUGGUACAUUGUCCUCCUUGGCGACCCUUGCUUCCCGGUGUUUCAGAAACAACCGCGACACUGAGGGCAGGAAGAUGUAAUGACGUCGAUGCGGUCGUGAUCGUGGUCUUUUGCAACCUUCACAGGAGGUCGAUCUUGAUGGCAUCGGCGAUUUUCUCAAGUUCGUGAUAGCUUUCCAUACACGCAAAGCAAGGGAGCAUGUACAGCCUCAUUUACAACACGCCAUCAUUCUCACCAGGAAGUCUCUUCACACGCUUCUGUUCCCAAUCGUCAAGGUCCUUGCCAGCAAGUCUCUGUUUCCAAGAAUUAGUAAAUUGCACAUCUCAAGCAACAUUCUUCCUCCUGUUCCAAGACUAAGACGUACGUAGUACUCCUCCUUCAUGUCCACCUUCCUUGCAGACCGGCGCACAUUGAGUUCCUCGUCCUUGGUCAUCUGGCGCACCUUGCGGUCGUAGCGUUCGUAGCGGACAGCAGUGGCCGGGGUGAGGACGAAGGAACCAGCGACAAUGACGGCCAUGAAGGGCAGGCCAAACAUGAGGAAGGGAUGUUUGUUCAUGAGGGUGCGGUACCGCAUGCCGAUGCUGUUCAUGUCGGCCGCGGACCGGAACUUUUUGCUCUGAAACGCCGGCAUCGUGGGUCAAUUGUCGGUCGGUAGGGCUAACGAAAUCAGUGUAGGAUAUCGGAAGCUCCGUGAGCCACUUCGGACGCGAAAGGUCGUAACGUUUGUUGGUGAGCAGACAAAACGAGUUCGGGCUGUUGUGGAGAGGUAAUUGCGAGUAAUGCCUGACUGAAAGCACGGUUAAUACACGCCGGGUAUGGUCUGGUCUAACUUGAAGUGUGGAGAGACGAGAAUUGGCCAAAAGGAAGAGUUUGAUUUGAUUCACGAGGUCUGAGGUCAACUCCGACAAGAUGAACUGACUUCAUCGCCGAAGUCCCACUUUUACCGCUCCGAGCGAUCUAGUCUAUGGCCUGUGCGCGUUUACUUUUUCCCGGACCGACGCCAGCAUGGAGAUUUCCGACUGCCGGACCUCGAAUUUCAGGGUCCAGACUCCACUCUCAAUGCUGGAGACGAGACGAACGGCUCUUGACUAAUAACAAAGGAUUUAUCACAUCUGAAGGAUGUCUACCAACACAGACCACUUGUUAUUUGCCACUAGCUACGAUAAAAUUUCCUUUCAGCCUCAUGUUGACCGAAAUUGAGGGUCUAGAUGUCCUCAUGUAUCGUCUUGUACCACACCAAAAGGACGUGUACGGCGCCCAAGCUGUUGAGACCGGGUAACUCCAUGUUGCCUGGAAAUAAGAUGACUCACUUGUGCUAUUGGACCCCGAAUUCUGCCUGGCAUAUCCUGGAGAGUCAGUGACACUUCAACGGGCUUGGACUCGUGCGACCGCCCUGGGAACGCCUUCACGGCGCCCAAUGUCAAGCACAUGCGCCCGUGCUUCUUGGUCUAGACACUCAGGUCUUUAAAUUUCUUCCAGAAUCUGUUCCGUGCUUCUUCUAGUCAGGAACGGAACGGGCGGUUGCAAACUUUUCUUUCUCAAAGCCUGAACCCUGUUUGUUGAUGAAUGAAAAGCAACGGCGUUGAAAUUUAGACUGCCUAGACUUUAGCUCGAAUAUUUCGGACAUUUGGUUGAGUGGCUAAUGCCUUAACGGGUCUAUUGACCGUUGAAAGUGGCUGCGUCAAUCAACCAAGGGUCUUUUCUUAUUACCGUCUUGGUGCCACGUUACAUAUCGUUCAAUAACGAGGUUGAGUUACCGAACAUGGCCGAGGAAGACACGCGUAUGCUCCUGUUGUAGUAAGCCGUGAUUAGCAAUGCAAAAUUAUGAGAAGUGAACACUGUCAGAUAGUUAGAGACCAUAGUUUAUUGAACGAUACUGGCUUUUGUUCUGGUAUUGAAAGCACUAACAUAGAUACUCCCUAGGAGCAUUGAGCGGGAUACCUGAAGUGAAGGGAGGGUCGAGGGAGAGAAACAACUUUGGGGCGCUUGAAGGCCCAAGACGCCACUUGGAUGUUAACCUGUCUCUUCAUGGCGCAAGAACUGUUUGAUCAUCUUUUGCAUAUCUUUUCGGGGAUACAUGGCGAGCGGAUGGCCUCCUUCAGCCUGGCAACCCGGAUGAGUGUCACUCAAUUCUGUUUCACAACCCCUAGGGUAAUGCACAAGACAUCGCACAAGGUGUGACUUCUUCCGGCUGGAUUGACCUUUAUAUCAUCUCGGCUUUGUCAUCAGCCCUUUUGCUGAGCUUUGUGAAGAUAACUGGUUAUUCGCGGGCAUGGGCAAACUUCCGGCCGAGCACAAUCUUGCGAAGAAAGACAUUUGAGCCCGAACCAAUCCGUAGGGCAUUGCUAAGAAGAGAAUCUAUCUGGAAUAGGCUGUGACGAGUUGCAACUCCAGAGCAUCGAGUACCCCUUCGUGCUCUUGUAGUCCUCUGUGCCCAACUUGAAGAUUAUUCUUUUCCAAUAAGACCUUCGAAUGUCCAUGGUCGAAAUGUUCAUGACCUCGAGGUACAGGAAAGGUCCACAAACCCCCAGCCUCCAACUGACAUAGCUUCAGACGGCACACUGAGGCCAAACAAGCACAGGAAAGACAUUUGUAAAUGGGGUUGUGAACCAUUGAUAGUGUUACAUCUUUUCAGUGCAGAAAUUCAGCAACUAGCUCCCAAUUAAUACGCUUUAAGUUCCUUAUUAUAUAGUUACCUCACUCAUAAGAUUCCAGUAUUACUCCUUGUUUCGAGGACUGGAAACUGGUUCAAAUGAUCACGUAUG